CGUGAACACAGCAUCAGCAGUCCAACUGCUGCGAAGCGUCAACAAAGUCAAACAAGUUUUUUCACCUCGAAGACGCUUCGGCUAGCUUCCGUAAACUAAUUUCUUCGCAAAAAAAAAAAAAUGCCGCCGUAUUCGGAUUGUGAGAAGAAACAGAGACAUGUCGAAUGUUAAAUGUGUAAAUAAAAAGCACGGGAACAGGCAGAAAUCCGCGUUAUGUCGGCGGCUCUCGACAGACCUGCGGAGGAGCUCACCGUCAUGGACGUGUACGACGUAGCGGCGGCGCUCGGGCAGGAGUUUGAGCGGGUCAUAGACCGGUUUGGGUGCGAGUGUCUGGUCGGAGUGGUGCCCCGGGUGGUACGGGUUCUGGAGCUGCUGGAGGUACUGGUGAGCCGUGCACCCGCCUCACAGGAGACCGACGAGCUGCGGCGGGAGCUGGACAGGCUGCGGCAGGAGAGGAGCGACAGAUACGAGCAGGAAAGGAAGCAUCAGAAGGAGUUGGAGCAGGUGGAGGAUGUUUGGAGGGGAGAAGUCCASGACCUUCUGUCUCAAAUCACCCAGCUUCAGGCAGAGAACAAGGGGUUAUUAGUGAGUCUCUCGCUGAAAGAGUCUCCCAUCCCAGAGGAGGACCUACAGCAAAAACACGAGGAAACGUUGGAAAAAGAGAGCCGAGUGACAAAAAAGCUGAGAGACGUUGUGGACAAACAAAGGGAUGAAAUCAGGGCUAAAGACCAUGAGCUUGCACUAAGAUAUGAAGACGUUGAAGCGCUCCAGCUGCAGCAACAUCGGCUCAUGAGAAUCAAUCAGGACCUUCUUCACCGGAUCGGAGCCAUGGAGGCCCAGGGUAAAACGCUGAUUCAGCAGAAAGCUGAACUAGAGGCUGCGGCACACGCACAGCAGCAGGAGUACGGAGCGCUGCGGAUGGAGGCCACAAGACUAAGGAAGGASCUCCGUGAGAAGGAAUUAGAAAAAAAAGCUGCUUUGAUAGAGGACUUUCCUCUYUCGAGAUUUGGAACGUCAUCGCAGACAUCACCACCGAUCACAUCCACAGCAACAUCGCUUCCUGUCUCCGUCAAACCAAAGUCUGUAUGGGUGGAGUGUAGAGGGGAUCCUGGCUUCGUGGCAAAGUGCUUUGAGUGUGACAGAAGUCUUUCUCUUCUGACCAAGUCUGCCAACGAAGACAAUGAGGGAAACUGUGAGGAUGAUGAAAACAUGGUAGCACAUGUGCAGAAGGAAUCAGCUGAUCCAAAGCCAGACGACGAAACGGACAGUUCUGAACAGGAGUCUGAUAAACCUCGAUUCACCCUGCAGGAGCUGAGGGACGUCCUGCAGGAGAGGAAUGAACUCAAAGCCCAGGUUUUUAUGCUCCAGGAAGAGCUGGCUUAUUAUAAAAGUGAGGAGUUUGAGGAUGACAUCAGCCCCCCUGUUUGUGCUCCUGCUUCAUCACAACCAACUUCAACUGAUCAGCCUGAAUCAGGAAUAAGGAGAUUGAUCUUCACUGCCAUAAUGCCGAUGGUAGCAGCUGGUUUGAUCACAGAUGAUCCAACAUUAUUGCCAAUCGGAAGACUUAUUUCCUUUGUCAGACCUUAAAUUUUUUUUUAAAAUGUCAUCUCAAAAUAUUUUUUUCCACCACAUAUUUACAGCAACUGGUUUAAAACUAGUGUUUCCCUUUUUUACAAGUCAAAUUUCUCUUGUUUUUCAGGUAAUAACCCAAGUGAUACGUUAUCAACCAAUGUCAAACUUUUGAUGCAUUUUAGUCUUAUUUGAGCUUUUGUUGCAAGAACUUAAAAUGAACUUUAUUAAGUUAAAUAUGUGACAACUGAGAAUUUCUCAGAGUAUAAUCUUGGUCACCUUUUUGUUUUGUUUUUAAGAUCCCUAACAGUCUAUUGAUAAUGAUUUAAUAUGUUAGAAGUUAACUGGACAUAUCAGGUGAUGUGUACAAAAUUAUCUUGUGAAAACUGAUAAUGUGUUAUUUUGGUUGUGGUGGUGGUGGAUUAUAUUGCCAAACUGCAACAAAAAUAUUUUCCAUACCAAAUAUGGCAUAUUAUGUAUAUAUAUGCGCAUCAUGCACCUGUAAAAUGAUGUUUAUUCAGAAUAAAUAAAGUUGUUUUUGUUUUUUUUA